GUAUUCGUACCGGCUUACUUGCGAGCCUGCUAGACUGUGCUUUGCCAGGCCUUUCUCUGGACUGUGAACUCCCAGACGUCUGUUGCCUCGGGGAUGGCCGAAAUACUCUUUGUAGUUGAGCUUGCUUAAUACCUCUUUGAUCAGACUCGUAUACGGGGGUUGCAUCAUUUUUCUGCUACUUAUCCUGACGAUUUAUCGGUACAUGGUCCCAGACGUCUCCGUUGCUUGCUUAUAUAGAAAAAGCUAAUUGUCAUGCUCGACAGCAUAUUGGGUUAACAGGACACGCACGUGGACGACGAUGGGGUUGAUACAGCUAUGGAUGACCAUGGCGGUCAUGUCGUUGACGACUGUUUUCACGCCAUCGUCUGCCGGACCCGACCACAGUCCCAUUUCUUUCUGUCGUGACUUGUACAAGAGCAUGAGGAGGGAGGAUCGCUACGCAGUACGAGACAUCAUUCAGGCGCUGCAUGCGGUGGAGUCUUACCAGGGCCACUUACGGUUGGGUCGGCCCCUGCCGCGUUUGUUAGCUAACAUGUCAACCCCGAGCUCGGCUGACCUAGAGGCAUGGAAGGUUGCGAAUUCCACAAAGCUGCAACAGCUGCUGGAUGGAACAGGAGCUUUGAAACGGCAGGGCGGCAGCCCCUCCGCCGCCGUGUCCCUAGCCGCCGCCUGCUUCUCCAAUCGGCUGCACCCGGACGCCUUCGCGGGCCGGCCGCUGGUGUCCGUCCUGCUGAACUACUUCAAGCGGGCGCACAUGGUCAGCGUAAUGGCGGCCGGGUUACGCAACACCACCGCUUACUCCGGCAUACCCUGCGAGCUGGUUGUCAAUGUGGACAACCCGCACGAAGCUGACGCCUGGGCGGCGGAGGUGCAGAGCGGGCUGGUAGUGCCGGUGUUCUCAGCCAACCUGCAUGAGUCACGCGGCUACAACCGGGCAGCGCGGGCGGCGAGGGGCAGCUACCUGGUCAUCUGGCAGGACGACCAGAAGAUGCCCAUCAAGACCAACUGGGUGCCGGACAUGGUGCGCCUGUACGAGACCUACCCGCAGCUGGGCGUGCUGGGCAUGAACACCUACCGCCUGUGCAAGCACAUGGAGCCCACCAACCUCUUCAUGCCACUCGACCUGGAAGCGGACCCCAAGACCGGCGUCCAGUGGAACUUCAUACAUGCCGCGGACUUCGCGCCCCUGGGCAUCCGCGCCACCACCUACCGAGCGCUGGGCGGGCUGGAUGAGGGUUCCUCGCGGCCGGGCGACUGCGGCAUCUGGGGCGACUGGGAGCUGUGCGCGAGGGCCUGGGCGGACGGCUGGCAUGUUGGUUUCAUGUACGUCCCGGGCCGGUUAGGCGAUGGACAGCCCGGCGGCACGCACACCGGCGCAACCGCGGAGAAGUGUUGGGGGCGGCAGCAGUUUGUCACCAUGCACGUGUACAACAAGAGACACGACAUCCAGGUAUUCCAAAACGAGGUCUGCGACCGCAUCUGGCUGCUCAACAUGCUCCAUUUCAAGGUCAAUGGAGAGUGCCCGUACGGCCAACCGGAUAAGACGCGUUGUUUCAACUGUACGGCAUUGACACCGGAGCGGGCGGCGGCGGCGGCGGCUGAGAUGGAAGCGCUGGGGGCGGCAUUGAGCCACGCGAGAGCCUCUGGGGCGUGGGGGUCUACCGGGGAGGGUUGGGGUGCGGGGCCGGGGCUGGGAGGGGCCUUCGGUGUUCAUGGUGCGGGCCAUGAACAUAGCCAAGCUGCUGCUGCUGCUGCUGCUAAUGGUGCUAGUGGUGCGAUAGAGAUGAAUCCUCGCUUUGUCAGGGUUGGAGGCCGCCGCCUGCAGCGGUAGUGAUGGUAGGAUUGGUCGUGACUGGUGGUGCGUAGCACGUUGGGCACAGCUCUGUACACCGCUGCCAAGGCCCGGCCAAGCUAUAGAUGUACAGAGCAUAGAGGGUUUGAAGCGCACGUGUCAGCGGAAGUAGCCACUUGGGAGCGCACGGGAGGGAGGACAUGUGACGUAGGGCGUUGCGGUUAGAUCUGUAGGUAUGGCCUGUAGGUUUGGGGUGGUUGGUGGGCUUGCCAGGUGUAUGGGCGCUGAUGGGAAUGGGUCGAAUGAUGACUGACUAGCCGCGCACUAGCCCGCACCCGUGUAUGUGAUGGGUAUAUAAGGGCUAUGUAGGACUAUGUAGUGUGUCGUAUUCGUCCCUAUUGACUCUCGAAGCAAUGGUUUGCAUUUCCGGUAUUUGGAGGGCAGCACUGUUGUGUGUGUAGCAAUUUGGUGAUGGCAGUAUAUACUAUGUCCAUGCACCCAUCCUGUCCUGCAGAUUUAUCGCUUGCUCCCUUUGUCGGGUUGGUGGCGGUUGGCUUCUUCAACUCCAUUCGGUAACUUCAUUACGGUAGUCGGCAUGACAUUCCGGAGAACUGCAGGGCAAAUGGAUUGGCCUGGUUGUCGCCGCCCUGUAGAUGUGCUAGCAGUGGGUAUGUAAUCGGAGCCAGGAGGUGAGGCUGCAGGGCUGGACGUCGGUAACUGUCAUAAGGAUUGCGCGUAGCAGUACAAGGGUAAGACGAUGUACCUGCAGCCGUGUGCCUCGAAGCUGAAACUGAAAUGACUCGCACCUGAAACCCUGCACUGACCCAUGUAAGCAUGCCCUUCUGG